AUGCCGGAAGUGUAAAGAAAAUCCAAGAUCACCGCCUCGCGCAAGCUCCUGCUGAAGAGCUUGAUGCUGGCCAAGGCCAAGGAGUGCUGGGAGCAGGAGCACGAGGCCCGCGAGGCCGAGAAGGUGCGCUACCUGGCCGAGCGCAUCCCCGCACUGCAGACCCGCGGCCUGUCCCUCAGCGCUCUGCAGGACCUGUGCCGGGAGCUGCACGCCAAGGUGGAGGUGGUGGAUGAGGAGCGCUACGACAUCGAGGCCAAAUGCCUGCACAACACCAGGGAGAUCAAGGACCUGAAGCUCAAGGUGCUGGACCUCCGUGGGAAGUUCAAGCGCCCACCUCUGCGCCGGGUCCGCGUCUCGGCCGACGCCAUGCUCCGGGCCCUGCUGGGCUCCAAGCACAAGGUGUCCAUGGAUCUGCGGGCCAACCUCAAGUCCGUGAAGAAGGAGGACACAGAGAAGGAGCGGCCAGUGGAGGUGGGUGACUGGAGGAAGAACGUGGAGGCCAUGUCCGGGAUGGAGGGCCGCAAGAAGAUGUUUGACGCUGCCAAGUCUCCGACCUCACAGUAAAGGCCGCCCGUGCUCUGGGCUCCCGCUUCCUGUGCUUUCUCCCAACCCCGCGACCCCUUCUUU